UGCAUUGCCACGACCCACGCUAUCUUUAUUCUCUCUCUUCCUGCCCAAGUCCUCGUUUCCUGUCUCUACUCUCUUUCUUCCAGUCCAAGUUCCCAUUUUCAAGCAGCUAUGGCGGAAGAGUUCUCGCUUGACGAUCCAACUCAGCUACUCGAAGCAGCUUCAGAUUUUGUACUUUACCCCGGCCCUCAGACCGAAGCUUCAGCGAAGGAAUUCCUGGACCGCUUCCCUCUUCCAGUAUUAAUAAAUGCAUUGCAAACCAAAGGAGAUGUGCCUGGUUUGGAGAAUGCUUUGGUUGCUUGUCUGGAAAGGAUAUUCAAAACAAAAUAUGGCGCCUCUCUCAUCCCACAUUAUAUGCCUUUUGUACAGGUUGGUCUAAAGGCUGAUUCCCAACUAGUGAGGUCUUUAGCAUGUAAGACGGUUAGUUGCUUUUUGGAGCAUUCCGAUGAAAUUAUUCCUUCUCCUGCACGAAUAAUUAUUGACUACAAUUUAUAUCCUCUUUUACUGGAUUGCCUUCUUUAUGGUAACGAACAAGUCGCAACAGCUUCAAUGGAUGCAAUUAAGAAAUUAGCUGGCUUGUCUGGAGGCAUGGAUAUCAUCUUCCCAUCUAAUAACAAUGAAGCUAUGCAUCUUGGAAAUUUAGGAGGCCGAUCUUCAUCACUGGGACGGGUUCGAGUUUUGGCUUUAAUAGUGAAGUUAUUCUCUGUCUCCGAUUCUGUGGCUUCGGUUAUUUACAGUUCAAAUCUACUUAGUUUAUUUGAGGUGGAAAUCAACAAUAAAAAUGACGCCCUCGUCACAUUGAGUGUUUUGGAGCUGUUGUACGAGUUGGCAGACAUUCAGCAUGGAACAGAGUUCCUGUCAAAGACUGCCCUUCUUCACUCACUCAGUUCUAUCAUCAGCAAUGCAUCAACGGAAUCAAUUUUAAGAUCCAGAGCAAUGAUGAUAAGUGGAAGGCUUCUCUCCAAGGAGAAUAUCUAUAUGUCCGUUGAUGAAUCCAGUGUUAAAACUGUGAUAUCAACCAUUGAUAAAAUACUUGAGCCAUCAGAAAGUCGAGAUACAGAUGAAACUGAAUCUGCACUUGAAGCAUUGGGUCACAUAGGUUCAUUGAUCCAAGGAGCUGCAUUAAUACUCUCAAGUUCACCACCUGCUGCAAGACAUGUUAUUGAUGCUGCUUUUGAUCGGCAAGGACAUGGAAAACAGCUGUCUGCACUGCAUGCUCUUGGAAACAUAGUAGGAGAAUCAAGACCAGAUAAUGAAAUUAUACUGAAUGGGGAUGCAGAAGAAAGUUUGAGACGUUUAAUCUAUGAAACAGCAUCCAAAAGUUCCAAGUUGGCACCAUCUGGCCUUUUGUUGUCAGUUCUUCAACAGGAUUCAGAAAUUCGUUUGGCGGGAUAUAGAGUGAUAACUGGAAUGGUGUCUCGGCCAUGGUUCCUGAUGGAAGUUUGCUCAAAGCAAGAGAUAAUAAAUAUAGUGACUGACGCAAAUACUGUAGCCACAAAAAUAGAUAUGGAAGUUAGAUAUAAAUGCUGCCAGUCAAUCCACAAGGCCUUUAUGUCCUCUAGUAAACUUAUCAACGAUCCUGCUCUUGCUGGAAUUGUGGCCAAGUUGCAGGAAACGGUUAGAAGUGGUCCAUAUCUGAGUAGAAAGCAUCAUGAAGCUCAACCUCUGGUUAGGACUGCUGAUAGAUUUUAGAUUUGUAUCAAAUACUAUGGAACUUAUCCUUUUUUUCCCCGAACAGCUAAUGUGAAACUGAUCAAACAGUUAAUUGGCUUGGACAAUUAUUAUUAUUAUAGGAACUUGUAAAUAUACCUGAGACCCGAGACUUUUGUGGCUCUUGGUUGUCAAUCAUGGGGCUAUAGUUUGUUUCAUACUUGACCAAAUAAAGGGAGCUGUGUAGCUUCAUAGAUC